CCUGCUAGCUACCUGCAUGGUGGUAGUCACAGCCGAAGCUCGAACAAGUCCGAACAAGGAAUGAAGAAUCUCCAGAGCAGCAAGAGAUUGAGUCGUCCGAAGCAGGGGAAAGAGAUAGACAAACAGCCCAGCAACUCCUUCACCUUCGCUGUUAUAACUGCCAUGGCUGUCACUGUAUAUCUGGAAGAGAGAAAAUAG